AUGCCAACAACUCGCUCCUUAGCUUUCAUACGACAUUGGCUAUUCGCCCUCAUCAUCGUUGGGUCGGUAAUAAACACUUGGUCCACUUUGCUCAACCUUGAUCUCAUUUUGGUUGGGAUAUGCCUCCUAUCUACUGUCGUCUACUUCUCCCUACUCGUCGUCGACUUGCGAAGGAGAGGGGGUAUAAAGUCUUGGUUGAUCGUUGAGAUGGCAUUUGCCUUUGUCAAAGCACUCGUACAAUCGGCUUUUUCUGUAAAUAUACCGGGAACUGAAGCCUGGACAGGGAUUUACGACUUGGGGGGCUUCAAAGAUCCCACUUGCUCCAUAUGCGAGCUUAUACGAUACCGAGUGCCGAUAUUGUUGUCCCUAUGUGGAGCUUUGAUCACUGUACAGCUCACUUUAAUUUGUUGCAUUACGUGUGGAGCAAGGAAUCGUGGGGUCAGAAGUAUCUGGUUGGCUCCGACUUCCGACCUAUUUUACGAUGAGGAGGAAGACAGAAAGAGUCUGACACCUAAACCCAAUAUUCAUAAUGCAAGCAGGAAUGGGAAUGGGAAUGGACAAGGUCUCGGUGUUGCCUCCCCUCCUUCUGUCACGACAGCGGUAUCGUCCAGUGUGACUGUGGCCGGCAAUAAUAGCCAGAAUACGUUGACCCAGGGUUACUUGCUUCCACCUAGCACGACCCAAGGACCCUAUCCACGGAGGCCCCAUGCGUAG